AUGAAGCCUGAAGCAGCACCCAAACGAUCCCUCAGACCCCGCGAUGCCUCGAGCAAGGCGCCACCGAAUCCGAAGCUUUGCCGAUGGCUAAACAACCUGAAGGCUGUUUAUCAGGAGCACCCAACCAGGGUCUACGUCCCAGGAUUCUCGAUCAACGACGACUGUGCGUACGUCGCCCUGUUGCACCAUGAGUCGACGCACGUCGUCGAGCUAAAAGAUUGCUGGACCUCCACCAACUUUCCUGAAAUGGUUGCGCUCCUCGGUAUCGUCGUUGAUCGAGGAUCCUGGGACGUAGACCCUGGUUGGGUGCUCCUGAUAAACAGCCUUCAGGUUGUUUAG